GACAACUCAGAAAGAAGCCGCCCUCCUCAACCUGCUCCCCCCUCAUUUGUAAUUAUUUUGCAUUUCACUGUGAUUUAGGUAACAUUCCCUUGAAUCUGAUGCUAUCUUCUUGCUUUGAAGAAGACAUUUGAUGACAAGCUUUUUCUUCAUUUCGUCAGAGAAAGGAUCACUGCCAAGAACAUUUACUUCCAGGAUAUGAUCAAAUGUCCUCUCUUCUCAUGCUCUGACAAAGUAUAAAUAGGAGGCACAUCACAGUCAACCUGGUCAGAGGAGGCAGUUUGAGAUCAGCCAAAGUAUCCAGUGUACUUUAAAUCCCAUCCAAUAGCACCACAAGGAGUUAAUAUACUUGAAAGAAGGAAGACGUUAUAAGCAAUUAUUGUAAAGGUUCAAAGAAAUCUAUAUUUGAUUCCAGUGAGUCCAUCUCAUAAGAUAAGGAUCGUACCAAUUAUGAGUUCUGCUCUCAUAUGGAUUUUGUCACUUGGAUUCCUUCUGACCAGUCAUUGCCAUUGCUUAUUUCUACCUAAUUCUACCUUCUUGGAUAACCUUCUAAGUAAAUACAAAGAUGAAGCACCCCAUUCUAGAACUAGAAGAGCUAUUUCCAGAUUGGACAAGGAGGAGAUAUUGCUUCUUCACAACAAACUCAGGGGCCAGGUCCACCCUUCUGCUUCCAACAUGGAAUAUAUGACAUGGGAUGAUGAGUUGGAGAGAUCUUCUGAGGCCUGGGCUCAGGAGUGCAUCUGGGAUCAUGGACCUGCCAGCUUGAUUGUGUCAAUUGGCCAAAACCUUGCAGUUCACUGGGGAAGGUAUCGCUCUCCAGCAUUCCAUGUCCAAUCCUGGUAUGAUGAGGUUAAGGAUUAUACAUACCCCUAUCCCCAUGAAUGCAACCCUUGGUGUCCUGAGAAGUGCUCAGGACCUAUGUGCACUCAUUAUACUCAGAUUGUCUGGGCUACCACCAACAAAGUCGGCUGUGCGGUGAAUGUCUGUAAACGCAUGAAUGUGUGGGGGGAAAUAUGGGAAAAUGCUGUAUACCUGGUCUGCAACUACUCUCCAAAGGGUAACUGGAUAGGGGAAGCCCCUUACAAAAAUGGAAGACCUUGCUCUGAAUGCCCUCCCAGCUAUGGGGGUAAUUGCAAGAACAACCUUUGCUACAAAGCUGAAAAAUACAGUGGUAUUGUGGAGACUGAUGAGACCAAUGAAGUAGAAGUUCCUCGUGUUCCAGAAGAAACUCAUGUUUGGGUGGAAGAGAAAAUUAACAAACCAAAAGUGGUGCCAAAAGUGGUGCCAAAAACGACACAAACCUCCACAAACAAUUUAAUGACUCAAGUUGUCAAGUGUGAGACAAAGAUGAGAGACAAAUGCAAAGGAUCAACCUGCAACAGAUACCUGUGUCCAGCUGGUUGUAUGAAUAAGAAGGCCAAAAUCUUUGGAACUCUUUUUUAUGACAGUAUGUCUAGUAUUUGUCGAGCUGCUCUCCAUUAUGGUGUUAUCGAUAACAAUGGAGGACUUGUGGAUAUAACUAGAAAUGGAAGGUUACCAUUCUUUGUAAAGUCUACCAGAAAUGGCAUUGAGUCACUAAGUAAAUACAAGCCAUCAAACUCUUUCAUGGUUUCAAAAGUUACAGUUCAAAUCACUGAUUGUUAUACAACAGUGGCUGAAAUCUGUCCAUUCAAAAAACCAACUACUCAUUGUCCUAGAUUUCAAUGCCCAUCAUAUUGUAAGAGCGAACCUUCCUACUGGGCACCCGUGAUUGGCACAAAUAUUUAUGCAGAUAGUUCCAGUAUCUGUAAAACUGCUGUGCAUGCUGGAGUAAUUAAAGAUGAAAGUGGAGGAUAUGUGGACGUAAUGCCAGUAGAGAAAAAGAAUAAUUACAUUGGUUCCAACAAAAAUGGAAUACACUCAGACAGCAUCAGAAACCGCGUAGAAGGCAAAGCUUUCCGGAUAUUUGCAGUGAAACAAUAAAAAGAAAUGUCUUUUACAAUGAAUAAAAAUACCCCAUCUUGGAGACAAUGAGGGUUUAAGAAAACCUUUAAGAAGACCAGAAAAAAAAAAUGCUGCCUGCUUGAUGGAAUUGGCUUCCAACACAGACUUUUUCUCUUCUUCAUCACCAGCCUUGAGUUUAUACUGUGCCAAUGGCAGCACAAAAAAGUGCAGAUAUGACCUGCACUAGCAUGUGUAAUACACACCCAGGGAGAUUUUGCAAUAGACUGUUUUACCAUACGUUAAAGAUGUAUAAAUAAGGGCAUGAGCAUUAAUUACAAAUAAAUCUAAAAACAAUCUGUAAUUAUUUGAUCUGUUUGUUUUUAAAAACAAUUUCUUGAGUAACCCUUGUUAUGGGAGAUAAUAGAUAAUUAAUAGAUUGUUGGAAAAGCCAUUUUUUUUUUUAAAAGGCUAAUUCAAAUUUCUGCUCUGGCCCACACAGUAUUGUAUAUAAAUGUCUUUAUAAGUUUUUUGUACUUUAAUUUUUUAUGAAUUUGAACAUUUUUAUAUGUAUUUACAGCUGUGCUGAUUAAAACAUUAUGUCCUUAUUUUUAUGUUUAGAGGUUAAUAUUUACAUCUUGUCUGUAAAUAGGAAAAAACUCUUUGUUUUGUAAUUGCUUCAGGCUACACAAAGUAUUCUUAUAUAGCAGAGAACUGUAAAUAAUAUAACGUCAAAAAGGCCAAUCACUUCCUCAUUAGUUUAAAGUAGAUAUAUGUUAGCGCAGCAAGACUGCAACAUAGGUCCUAGGACUAGUUACAUAUAUAAACAAAUAUUUGUAUUUCCUUGCCUGGAUACAUACAUUUACUUGUAAAUUAAAGAGCAUGUGCUCAAUGUAUAUUGGCGUUUUUUAAGUGCUGUUAUUAAUUAUAAUAUAUGUGUAAUUUACUGCUUGGUGCUAGAAAUCCAAAAGACAAAAAAAAAUACCUACGGAAAGGUGUUGUUUGGUCCAAUAGAAAAAACUAUAAAAUAUUUUGAAAUAUAUUCAUUGGGUAUCACAAUUAGUCAAAUCAAACAAAUAACUUAUAACGAAAUAUAUGUUUAUAUAAAUUACAUUUUCAUUAAAAAAUUAAGUGAUGAAAAAAGAA